AUGUGUGAGGGUGUUGUGUAUGCUGCAUCUCUUGCAAUUUUCUGUUUGUUGGUGAUAUUAUUGUGGGUAUUGUGUUGGAUAGCAUGGCUACUGUAUGCACGCCACGCGCAAACCGCACCAACCACACCCAUCCAAGACAUUGAGUCUGCUCAGCAACCCGGUUCAGGUCCAGCAAGAGCGAACGUUGCUUUGCAGAUUGCCGCAACGAGAGGUCGAAGAACACUUUGGCGUGAAACGCUGAUGUAUUUCGCCCCCAAAGCAGAGAUUUCGAGGCUUGCCGUCAGAGCCUUGCCUCCUGCUGCACCCUUCCAGGAGGAUGAAGCCAGUACUCAAUCUGAGUGCCCUAUUUGCCUCGAAGAUUUUAUCAAUCAAGAGUUAGUCCAACCUUUUGGAGUUUGCCUUCAUCUAUUUCAUGCCCCUUGCAUAAACUCUUGGUUACUCCAGGCUAAUACUACUUGUCCAGUUUGUCGCAAGGAAUUGACAAUUAAUCCCUAG